UAAAACCCUAGCUAGUGGUCUUAAGUAUAUAUUCAUAUUUAUGCUGGUUUCAUAACAUGCUUUCUCGACCCAAGCACAUAUACUCUGAGAUCUUGGUCAAGUGUAGGGUUCAGCAACGAACAUGACUUUCAAGCGAAGGAAUGGUGGAAGAAACAAACAUGGUCGCGGCCAUGUGAAAUUUAUCCGCUGUUCCAACUGUGGUAAAUGUUGCCCUAAGGACAAGGCCAUCAAGAGAUUUUUGGUGAGGAACAUUGUCGAACAAGCGGCUGUCAGGGAUGUUCAGGAAGCCUGUGUAUACGAUGGUUACACUCUUCCCAAGCUCUACGCCAAGAUGCAGUACUGUGUCUCCUGUGCAAUUCACUCUCACGUUGUGAGAGUUCGUUCCAGGGAAAACAGGAGGGUCCGUGAGCCCCCACAGCGUUUCAGACGCCGGGAGGACACUGCUAGGCCCGGUGGUGCACCAGGCCAGGCUGGACAACGCCCAGCAGGAGGAGCCCCAGCAGCUGCUCGCAGUUGAACAAAGUAACAUGCAUUGUUCUUUUUCCUUGAGCAUCUUCAAGUUCGAGGCUUUAGUUAUUGGAUGUUACCUUAAAAGUCUUUUUUGGUUUCCUUUUUAUUGAAAGCUUCUUUUUUGGUUUCCUAAUUCAGUUCGCUAUGAGACUUCAGUGUAUUAGUGUCUUGUGGAUUUUUGCUAGCGUUCUUGUUAUUGGUUAAUGAAUUUAAAUUACAAUUUACAAGUUAAUUCAAGAAAUUUUCCGUGCCAA